AUGCUUCGUAAAUUGUUGGAUAAAGUUGUUCGGAGGAAUUUCUCUAUCGAAGGAAUGAGGAAAAGCUACAACAGCAAGAGCACAGUUUUCCUGGAGGAGAACAUCAAAGCCAAAGAACCCAUUGCCAUUUUCAACGAUUGGUUUCAGGUAGUUAAAGAUGACCCUAGAACCGUUGAAGCUAAUGCUAUGUGUCUUUCCACAGCUACCAAAGAUGGCCUGCCCUCGGGACGGUACGUUUUACUCAAAGGUUACAGCAAAGAAGGCUUCACUUUUUUCACCCACUAUACGAGCAAAAAAGGCGAACAAUUAGAAGAAAACCCACAAGCAGCUCUAACUUUUUACUGGGAUCACUACAGUAGAUGCGUGAGAAUCGAAGGUAAAGUAGAAAAAUUACCGCUGUCGCUAGCAGACGAUUACUUCAGUAAAAGGCCUUACGGAAGCCAAAUUGGAGCCCUUUGCAGCGACCAGAGCAAACAAGUCGCCAGUCGAGAAGUACUAGAAAAGAAAGCGGAAGAACUGAGAUCUCAGUACAAGGAAGGCGAAGUUCCGAGACCGCCUAAAUGGGGAGGCUAUAUCGUGAAGCCUAGUUAUUUCGAAUUCUGGCAGGGCCAGUCCGACAGGAUACACGAUAGAAUCGUAUUCAGGAAACCAGGACCCGGUGAACCGGAUGGAGUAUUAACUCACGAAGGAGAAGAUGGAUGGAUAUACGAAAGGCUAAGUCCUUAG